GCGAAGAGCGAGCUGUAAUAUCAACACCAACACAAAAAUCUCCAACAAAUUCUUAUAUAAUGUGUACAUUAUCACCGCAGACUUCUAUACAAGAAGAACCUGAACAAGAAAUUAAUGAUAGAUUACAUUUAAUCCAGCAAAUGCAGCAAAAACACCAAAUUACAACGAAAUCUGAUUCACAUGAAAAAAAUUCUAAUGAAAUGAUGUCAUCAUCAAGUUUGUCAUCAAAUAUAUCAUCUCUCAGUUUCGCAGAUAGCUUUAACAAUAAUAGAAACAAAAAAUGUUGUGUACGAGAUAACGCAAACAUAACUUACAAAACUCUUAAUAGUUCAGACAACGCCCCUAUGCCAACUCAGCAAAUGAAACUCGUUGCGAAAGUAUCUUUUAAACAACGCGCACAAAAAUUGCAAUCAGGUGAUUGCAUAAGUUCUAGUGUUCAAACAAUUAAAAAGCUACAUUCAAAUGAUUUAAGUUCAGAAAACAAUGUUUUAAACGAGCUGCGGGAAACAACUUCAGAACAAGAAAAGACUGUAUUUAGUAAAGCAAAUAACUCUCAAUCAAUGUCAAAUAAUUUAUCUACGUCAUCUAUUGCCUCAAAAAGCAUACUUCAGCAAGUUUUAUUUGAAGACAGAUCGAAUAUAAAAAUGCUGAAAAGCUUCAGAGGUGGCCCUGAUAUUUCCAAGAGUCGUUUGAAAACUUAUAAAUCUAGUUCCAACCUGUCUUCAGAAUACAUUGACUUGCCUUUUAUUAAACGUCUUAAAGUUCUCAAAGAACGGCACAAAUUAAUUUCAUUUUUAAAAUCGCUGCGAAGUAGAAGUUUUAAUUUAAAACAAUCAACAAUAAAUACUGAAAUUUCAUUAUGUGAGUCACUUCAUCCUUAUUUUAGUGAUCUAUCUACUACUCAAUCAAAUUUUUCCUCAGUUCACCCCACAAAUUCUGCAACAUGCAGUAAUACUUUUUCACAGAAACACUGCAAUUCAAAAAUGUAUUUGGAACUUAUUAAUUUUAUUGGUUGUGACUUUAUGCUUGUAAGUCAAGAUUCUAACGAAACAACAGAACGUCAAAAGUUGAUGAGUAUUUUAAAAAAUAUGCAGAAACAGAACAAACAAUGUAAUAAAAAGCUAAAAGAGAGCUCAAUGCGUAUGGAAGGACAUAGCACGCAUUUCCUUGUUACACAACCAAAAGGCCCACUUACUAGUGAUAAAGCUUCUACAAACGAAUUUAAAUUAAAUACAUAUUUCACUAGAAAUGACAACAAUCAUAGUGCUGGAUAUAACCUAACUUCAAGUCCGAACAUUUUCAAUUCAUCACUUGCAAAUAAUGUUCUAAUUCCGAAAACUUUAUCAAUGCAACUACCUUUGGAGCCACAAUCUGGUGUUAAGUAUUCUAUCAACACAAUUUUUUCUAAACUGAAAGAUUCAAGUCAAAAACAGGAGAGUUUUGAUGAAGUUUUAUGCGGGAUAAAUAAUCUAAUAAAAAGUCACAUAACCGAAAUACAUGCAAAAUUUGAGACCCAGUUCGCAAUUUUGGAAAAUGAAGUCAAAAAACGUGACACCAUCAUUAGCAAACUAGAAAUAAAACUUAAGAAAAUUGGAAGUGAAACGAAAUUUUCCUCUUCAAACUCUUUGCCGGCCCAGAAUACAAGACACCAUGAAAAAUUAAAUCUGAACUAUUAUGGUCCAGAAAAUGAAACGAAUAAAUGCAGUAGUUCCACCUCAUCAGCUGAGCUACUAUUUAUGCGUGGAAACUCACUAAGUUCUAUCUUUCCUGCUUCAACUCCAUUUGAACCGAUUUCAGGAUAUAUGUUUCCUUGUACAAGCAAUACAUUGACAGGUUAUUCAAAACUAUGCGAAUCUUAUCAUAACUAUCCUAAGUUUAGUUCUGUUGAUAAUGCUAAUAAAAGCCAUCAGCAAUCCAGCGAAAAUAAUGACGAAAUAAUAACAAACGCUGACAACGUAUUUGCCGUUCCAGACAAUGAAAUUUUGGGCUUUGAGCAACUCUCGAGCUCAAGCUCAUUAGCUAGUAUACUAAAUUUUAAAAAAACUGUGGGUACUGAGACCGAUUUUAACAAAAAGAAUCAAAACUUAACAGAACUACCAAAUUUUUACCACAACGAUUGGGAGGUCCAAAUGCUUGCUGCAGAAAUGGCAAAACAGGAACGAAAACGUGGAUACUCCUUCUCUGAAAAUAUGAAUCAAGUAUCAAGUUUUGAUGAAUACUCCUUUGAUAAACGUCAUCGUAAAACAAGUUAUACUGAGACUGAAUGCUGUGACACUGAUGUGGAAGAUGUAUUAGCACCAAUUCGAGCUAGAGCCUGUAGUUUAGAUCAAUUUAAUACAAAAUAUGGAACCAAUUAUAAAAUAGUAAAAAAUAUGGGCAUUGAUCACGAUAACGAUAAACUUUAAGUUGUUCGCAUACCUUUUUUCACUUAAUUUUCUUAUACUUUCAGUCCAAACAAGAAGUUAAAAUAACUUAUAAAAUUUUUACUUCAAAACUUAGUGUUUUACGUACAUUUAUAACAAUAAAAUAAAAAAAAUGAAAACAAAUAAGUAUGAAUGUAAAUACAAAAAAUUUCAGAAUGUAUGUCAUAUAUUUAGAUACAUAUGUGACCUUACAUAAGAAAUAAUUUGAAAUUUUGAACUGAAUAUCCUGUUGAAAAGAUCAUAUUUAAAUUUAAAAAAAUUUAUUUACACAUACAUAUAUAUGUUUUGUCAAACGUAUUUCAAAAGAGGGUAAUUGCAAGAUGUCUUUGUCAAUUAUUUAUUAAUAAAAGUGUGUUAAUUAAAAAAAAUUAUAUGAUUAAAGAGAAAAGAAUAUGCUAAAGAAUUAUAUUUGAAAAAGGUUUUCUCAUACAAAUAUAUG